GUGGGAGGGGAACCAGAGGCUAGGCAAGACACGCAGGUGCUGGCACCUCAGACCAGACUCUUCUGUCUCUGUUUGUUUAACCAGCUGCAAUGGGCUAAUGUGCCUUCUGAGCUCCCAAAGUUAUUAUGGGAUCACACUGGAAAAUGGUGCUGUAGCCUUGUGUGCAGGGCUUCCUGCUGGUGUGACUGCAUCAGAGGAAGUCACGUGUGGCUGUGCAGCCAGCAUUCGGCUCCCUAUCCUCCAAGCCUCAUUUGCAUGCUUUCUUCUGGGACAAGGUUUUUCUUGGCAGAAUUUGUCCUCGUACUGGCUCCUCUGAUUCAUUUCCUUCUUUAUACAUGGGCCUCUCCCUUGCUGAGGCCAGGGACACCGACGUGCCACACAGCCACAGGUGCAAUGCAUGAAGGUAGCAGGAAAUGGCAAUCCAGGCAGUCCAUGAGCAGUGCUUGAUAGUACCACCUCAUGGAGGGGAGCCUGGGCCACUGUCCAAGACCACUGACUGACCAGCACGCUGGGCUGAGAUCUGAGCUGGCUCUGGUGGUAUGGCUCACAUUGUUUCUUUCUGCUUGCUGACUCUCACCCCGCUGAGUCACUGGACCCAGCUACCUCAACAAUAUUAUUUGGUGUUUCCAGUUCUGGGAUGAUGUGGCUGUGACUUUAAUGGUACAGGGUAGCAGUUAAGAUGGUGGACUCUGGUGUCUGAUCACAGCUCUUUCACUGACUUAGGGUGGAAUCAUCUCUCUAAACCUCAAUUUCUUCAUCUGAGGCAUGGGAGUAAUAAGGGUUACACUGUGAAAUGGCUGGGAGAUAAAUCAGAGGCUGCAAGCGAGAGCACACUGAGUUAUAGAGUGCUGUACAUGAGACGGCAUUGGUUCCCAUAGUGAUAAGAAUUAAAACAGCAGAGCGAUUGGUGAUGUGGCAUAGCAACUUCAUGACAGUGACCAGUGGUGCAACUGAGCCUCAAUCUAAAAAUGAUGUGACCCUUGCCCAGGGACAGUGAGGUCCCUGUGCAGACUCAGAGUGAGCAGGGAAGUCCCCUCUGAGUAACGUCUGCCAUGGAUUAUUCACAGGGCCUACAGUUUAGAUGAGGCUGGUUCCCUGAAGCAAAGAAAAAGAAGACUGAUUCAGGUUUGAGCUCCCAGGAUACACUGGGUCAGGAACUGUGUGUGAAAAUUUUGUCUCUGGCACCUGCCUGCCACCCAGAGCAUUCCUAGAAACCCUGAGACUCUUCUCUAGAUUCUCUCCUUUCCAUCCUGUGAGUCCUCUCCGCUGUGGGCAUGGUGGGCUCCAGAGUACAGCUUUGGGGAUUCGGCACAGAGUCUCUGACUUGUCUGAUCCCUCUCUCAGCCACACAUCAGGGAAGUAGUCUUGUGGGACACAUAGCCCAGGACCUGGACAUGGAUCUGGAUAAGGCUCCUGGCUGGCCAGGUAGAGUGACUUGAAAAAUUAUGUAACCUGCCUGUCUGGUUCCCUCAUUUUUGAAUAGCAAGCUGAGUCUUCAGGGUACUAGCCACAGACGACACAGAGCCAGGCAUCCUGCCAUGGGCCCUCUGUGGACACAAACUAUGUCAGCUCUGUAGUCUAUUCCUCUCAUCCAGUUCUAGAGUGGACCUUACAGCCUAUACUCAGGGGCCACAGGUCCAGUGGUCACAUUUUGUAUUGAGAAGUGUCUACAAGAACAUGUCUUGGAAAGAGGGAGGGAAGGAGAAGUAAAGGGAAUUCAGAUGUGCUAUGCAUGUAUAUUAGCUCUCUUAGGGAUGUAAUUGUUAUGUACUGCAAGCAUGUGUAAUUGAAGUAAAAAUUUUAAAAAAUCCUCUAAAGAAGUGGUGGGAACCUAAACGAGUGAACACAGAGCCUUAUGGAAGCUUCUGCCUGGAACUGUGUAGCUCUCUUUUUAAUCUUUUUAAAAAAUCACUGUUAAUUUGUACUUGAAUAAAAGUUAUAACCAGAAACCAGAAACCUUAAUCCCACCACUUUUGAGGCUGAAGCAAGAGGAUUGUGUGUUUGAGGUAUCAUGGGCUGCAUGGCCAGUUCGAGGCUACCCUGGAAUCCCUAGUGAGACCCUGGCUCAGAAAACAAACCAAAAAAGGUUAUAACUAUAAACAGCCCUGAGCUGACCUGUAAAUAACCUCAGAGGUGGACUUUGAAUUGUUGUUUCCUACUGAAGGUAGCAGACAACCACAGAGCUAGUCAAGCAAGACAGAGGAGAUGUUGUCCAUAAAAAUUUAAACUAGUGUUCAACUUCUAUGAAGAAUAGACCAUGAUUUCUUUUUAAAGAUCAAAUGUUUUUGUAUCUACUGGUAAUAAAAUCAUUACUGUUACAGGAGAUGUUUUGUUUCAAAUGUCACAACUUUUAAAGCCUAUUUUGGCAUUUAUUUAUUUAUUUGAGACAGGGUCUCACUAUGCAGUCCAGGCUGGCCUUGAACUCACUAUGUAGCCCAGGCUGGCCUUGAACUUGUAGUGAUCCUCCUGCCUCAGCCUGCCAAGUGUUAGGAUUACAGGCAUGUACUACCAUGCCUGGCUUCAUUUUUAAAAUAUAUUAGAUGACUUCAGGGUAAAAGUAGAGCAGGCCAGGCAUAUAUUUUCGCUGAGAUGCAUGGGAAUUACUCAGGCUUAUGCAAGCCCCCAGAGAAAGCCCAGCUGUACGGCUACCUUCUCACACCCUGCACUGUGUGCUCAUUGCCAUGAGGUGCAUUUUGAAUUUGCAGAUGCACCACCAAGGCAAGAGGCAGCAGACACCACUCUGGAAUGGCACUAGAGACCGUGGACCUCGUGAAAUCUUCUGUUGUAUCUGCUCUGCUUUUCAGUCCACUGCUUGCCUCUUUCCAUGCUUCCCAUAACUUCAUGCUUCUCCAGACCUGACUCCUUCCUGAGCCCUUUUCCUUCUGGGCUCUGUCCUGUAAUGGGCUGAAGGUUACAAGUGGGGUAGAAUAUGCUGAACUGGUGGCAGACAUGUGCCUGGAUGGAGGAAGAUACCAGUCUCAGGAGGCCAAGAGUGGAAGCCAUCCCAGCCAGGGCCGGCCUGGCCCAGCAUCCUCUUGCCCUUGGGGUUGCCAAAGGGGGAGGAAGAAAAACCAAAGACUGGAAGAUAAGGACGAGUAGCAAAAGCCAAAGGGAAAUCAGGAUGGGAGAAACUGUUUUCCACUGACCUUGAGGACAGUGCUCUGCCAGGGAGGCAAGAUGUAGGCCUGAGGCAGUGACUGCCAGGCUAGAGCUGAGGGCUGCGUGGCCUCCCCUCACCCCACCCCCAACUGUCUUCCUCACAAUAGGGCUCAUUGCUGAGGCAACAGAGGAAGCCAGGGAAGAUGCAGCAAUGGCCUGGGGGUCAGACAUACUUGGACAGCUUGCCCUUUCAAGCAUGAGCCAUAACAUCUGGCUCCCUGACUCUCAGUGCGCUCUGCCUGCCUAGCGUAGGGUCCUGGAGACUUUCUUAGAGUUCAUCCAGCAACCGCCAUGCAAGGUGGUGCUGGGAACCAUCCUCUUGCUAGGAGGUGGAGGUCUCAUGCUGUGGGCUCAGAGGAAGAGAAAUAAGAUAACCUCUGGGUCUGCACAAGUUGAGUCACCAGAAUCCCACAAAGCAAAGGGAAACUGGAUCAAAUCUCACUUUAGCUGCCUGUCGAAGGAGAAACUGGCUUCUGACAACCAUGCCUACACCAGCAGCAGUGCCAACCAGCCUGAGAGAGGAAAUGGGAAAGCCAGCACCACAGUCCAAGUGGAGACCGUCACCUCCAGGCAUGGGCAGUGGGGCACAGGUCUGCACCAGGAAUCUGUCACCAGCAGGCAGAAGACGUCUGGGUCCAGCGUGACCAAAGAGACCCAAAAGGAGUCUGAAAAGCCCUCAUCCAUGCAUGAGGCCACAUGGGCUGAUGUGACUGCUUGCGUCAAGGACAUUGACACCAAAGGGCAGCAUGUAGCUAACUCCAUGCUACAGAGAGCCACUGCUUACCAGCGCUCAGGCCACCUGGAUUCCAGGGACAUCAGCCCAGAGGAGCUGAAGGCCCUAGAAGAGGUGGAGAUGAAGCUGAAAAGGAGUUUUAUCACCCAGCGGGAAAACAUCGUGGCUGGUGCCAACCACACACGCACUUUCUAUGGCCAGCAGAGCCAUCAGAGUCAUCCCAGCCAGACAGGCCACCAAAGCCACCAGAGUCAGAUGAGCCACCCAAGCCACCAGACUCAUCCAGGCCACCAGAGCCAGCAGAAUCACCCAGGGCACCUGAGCCAUCAGGGCCAUAGUCUGCCCAGCCGCAGCAGCCAGAUGUUUAAUUCUUGAAGCUGCUGAAGCAUACCUCCCUCCCCCUAGCAGGGCUGGCCCACACAAGCAGGCCUGUUUUCUCUUCUGUGGGGAAACUCGUGCGGCCCAGGGUGAGACUCUGUUGCCAGAAUCCUUCCUUCCUCAGGCCCUUUCCCAGGGGUCAUGAGUAGACUCUUCCACAGAGGAUGGACCCUGCUGGAGGAAGAGCUGGAGGGAAGGCACCAGCUGUGACAAAUCCUGAGGCCCUGGAGACCCACUGAGAGGAGACAGACGAGGCAGACCCUGGAGCAGCCAAGCGCCCCAAACUGAUGCCCAACGUCUGGAAUGGGCCAAUAAAGCCUUGUAUUCCCUCACUCUGAGUCCAGGGGCUCUGUGGCUAGCCUGGGCCUGGGAGGGGAGAAGGGAGAGUGUUACUGCUCUAGUAGUUGAGUGCAUGUGGGUCUUGGCUCAGGGUCUUUUCACUGUGCUUGAUCUGCAGGCUCCAUGAAAUGGCCCCUUCUGACCUCGCAUUUCUCUUCUC